UUUUCAGUUUUCUGUUUUUACUUUUUAAUUACUUGAUUUUUAUACUAAUUGCCAAUUCCUUUUUGAAGUUUUUCCAUUUUCCUGAAUUGAAAAAUUAUUUUAAGAUAUUUUUUAUCGCUCAAAUUCAAUAUUUUUCUAUAAUUUAUAUUUGUGUUUUAUGGUUUCUUUGUGUUUGUAACCAAUAUGUGUGCUGCUAAUACAGGACGUUUUGUAAAACCACCGGAGAAGUCUUUUUUCAACCAAUUUAAAGAAGAUUCAAAUGACGUUCGACUUAAGCAAUCAAUAGAAAACGAUUUAAUAGAUAAUAAAUAUGGUUUUAUACGAGUUAAAGAUUAUCAAGAACACACGGGCUACCUCAUUAACAUGCACAGUACGGAGAUUGUCGAUGAAGACAAACGUUUGGUUGCUGCUGUUGAUUAUUACUUUAUUAAAGAUGAUGGAUCUCGUUUCCGAGUCACACAACCUUUUCAACCAUAUUUCUAUCUAUUAGCCAAAAAAGAAUAUAUACAAGAAGUAGUUGCAUAUAUUAGUAAAAAAUUUGCUGGCAGUUUUACUAGUAUUGAAACUGUUAUGAAAGAAGAUUUAGAUAUGCCAAACCAUUUGAUAGGUUUAAAACAAAGAUAUAUAAAAAUGGCAUUUGCUACAGUUACUGAAAUGAAUAAAGUACGCCAAUCCAUUAUGCCAUCAGUGCGCAAAAAUCGUUUAGCACGAAAAAAUAAUUCCUAUUAUACAGAAAUGUUGACAGAAUCUUUAGCAAACUUAUCAGAGGUGGCUUCAACUAAAAAACAAGUCGACCAUAUGGAAAAUAUUAUUGAUAUCAGAGAAUAUGACGUUGUCUAUCACAAUCGGGUAUCGACAGACUUGAAAAUAUUUACUGGAUUAUGGUAUACAGUCCAAUGUCGUGGACCCUACAACCAAGCUACUUUUACACGUCGAGACGACAUCAUUGACAGACCGGAUAUGAUCGUUUUGGCUUAUGAUAUCGAGACGACUAAACUCCCAUUGAAAUUUCCUGACGCAAAUACUGAUCAAAUUAUGAUGAUCUCAUAUAUGAUUGACGGUCAGGGGUAUUUAAUCAACAACCGUGAAAUAAUAUCUGCCGACGUCGACGAUUUUGAGUACACACCAACACCUGAGUAUGAAGGAUUAUUUACUGUAUUUAAUGAAGCUGACGAGGCAGCAGUUUUAAAUCGAUUUUUUGAACAUAUAAUGGACGUUCGGCCACAUAUAAUAGUCACAUACAAUGGUGACUUUUUCGAUUGGCCAUUUGUGGAAACUCGAGCCGCUAUACAUGAUAUGAAUAUGGCCCAAGAAAUAGGAUUUGCGAAAAAUUCAGCAGGUGUUUACGCCAGUCGACCUGCUAUGCAUAUGGACUGUUUAUGUUGGGUAAAACGAGAUUCUUAUCUACCAGUUGGAUCGCAAAAUUUAAAAGCUGUGGCUAAAGCUAAACUUCGAUACGAUCCUGUCGAGCUUGAUCCUGAAGAUAUGUGUCGACUUGCAACGGAUGAGCCUCAAGUACUAUGUAACUAUUCAGUCUCGGAUGCUGUUGCUACUUACUAUUUAUAUAUGAAAUAUGUACAUCCUUUCAUUUUUGCCUUGUGCACUAUUAUACCGAUGGAGCCCGAUGAGGUUUUACGAAAAGGGUCUGGUACAUUAUGUGAAAGUCUUUUGAUGGUCGAAGCAUUCCACGUGAACAUAAUAUUUCCGAAUAAACAGGAACAAGAACUCAAUAAACUCCACGAAGAUGGUCACGUUCUGGAUCAAGAAACUUAUGUUGGGGGCCAUGUAGAAGCGUUGGAGUCGGGUGUGUUUCGUGCUGACAUCCCUUGCAGGUUUAGAUUAGACCCAGCGGCAUUUGAAAUGCUAAUAGGUAAAGCUAAAGAAGUGUUGAGAUUUGCCAUUGAAGAGGAAGAAAACGUCCCUUUGGAUACUGUCACAAAUUUAGAUGAAAUUUUAAAAGACGUCAUUGAAAAAUUAAACGUACUUAAAGAAGACCCUUAUCCGUUAUUAAAACCUUUAAUUUAUCAUUUGGACGUGGGUGCCAUGUAUCCAAACAUCAUUCUUACGAAUAGAUUACAACCUUCGGCCAUGGUCAAUGAAGAAAUAUGUGCCGCUUGUGAUUUUAAUGUUCCUGGAGCUAAAUGCCAAAGGAGUAUGACUUGGCAAUGGAGAGGAGAAUUGAUGCCUGCGUCACGAACGGAGUAUCAACGUAUUCAGCAGCAAUUGGAAACAGAAAAAUUCCCCGGUCGAUUACCCGAUGAUCCUCCAAGAGCUUUCCAUCAACUGAAUCGAGACGAAAGAGCCACGUGGGAAAAAAAACGUUUAACAGAAUACUGCCGUAAAGUUUACAAAAAAACUCAUGUGACAAAAAUUGAAGAGCGAACAACUACUAUUUGCCAGAAAGAGAAUUCCUUUUAUGUCGACACAGUACGGGCAUUCAGAGAUAGACGUUACGAAUACAAGGGACUUUGCAAAGUGGCUAAGAAACAAAUCUCUGAAGCCAUUGCUAGCGGCGAUCCAGUUGAAAUCAAGUCUGCGAAAAAUCGAGAAGUGUUGUACGAUUCACUACAGUUGGCUCACAAGUGUAUUCUUAAUUCAUUUUAUGGAUACGUCAUGAGAAAAGGAGCUCGCUGGCAUAGUAUGGAAAUGGCUGGAAUAGUGUGUUGCACCGGCGCUGCUAUCAUUACAAAGGCUCGUGAAAUUAUCGAAAAAGUCGGUAGACCGUUAGAAUUGGACACAGACGGUAUAUGGUGUGUAUUGCCAUCAACGUUCCCAGAAAACUAUACAAUACAAUCUACACACGCGAAAAAAUCAAAAUUUACUGUAUCUUUUCCAAAUGCAGUCUUAAACUCUAUGGUUAAGGAACAUUUCACCAAUCACAUUUAUCACGAUCUAGUUGAUCCCGAAAAGUUAACUUAUAAAAUGAGGAGUGAAAAUUCUAUAUUUUUUGAAGUCGAUGGGCCUUAUUUAGCAAUGGUGCUACCUGCUUCCAAGGAAGAAGGAAAAAAACUGAAAAAACGUUACGCAGUAUUUAAUUUUGAUAAAUCGUUAGCAGAGCUCAAAGGUUUUGAAGUAAAAAGGAGAGGAGAACUGCAAAUAAUAAAAAUUUUCCAGUCAUCUGUGUUUGAAGCGUUUCUGAAAGGUGAUACGUUGGAAAAAUGCUACGAAAGUGUUGCCACUGUUGCUGACUAUUGGUUGGAUGUUUUGUACUCCAAAGGCAAAAAUAUGCCAGAUUCUGAAUUAUUUGAGCUUAUAUCUGAAAACCGUUCUAUGAGUCGAAAACUUGAAGAGUACGGAACACAAAAAUCGACAUCUAUAUCUACAGCUAAACGUUUGGCUGAAUUUUUAGGGGACCAAAUGGUUAAAGACAAAGGUCUUGCUUGUCGUUUCAUAAUAUCUAAAAAACCAGAAGGCUCGCCAGUUACGCAACGGGCAAUACCACUGGCUAUUUUCCAGUCUGAAUUGAGUGUAAAGAGGCAUUAUUUAAGGAGAUGGCUGAACGAUAACUCUAUUGAGGACAUUGAUAUUCGUGAUGUCCUCGAUUGGGAUUAUUAUAUUGAACGUUUGAGCGGUACCAUUCAGAAAAUUAUAACUAUACCGGCAACGUUGCAAGGGGUCACCAACCCGGUUCCAAGAGUUAAACAUCCUGAUUGGUUGCACAAAAAAAUGUUAAUGAAAGCCGACCCGAUGAAACAAAAAAAAAUUACAACAAUGUUUCAGGCAGCGCCUAUUGUUCAAGAUGAAGGACCAAAACAGGUCGGAGAUAUAGAAGAUAUUGGAGAAAACAUUGACAACGAUCUCGUAGAAAUUAGACCUAGGCCAAUGGUCACAAAGAAACGUAAACGCGAUCAGUCGCCCAUUGACGCUAGAAACUGGAAAGAAGCUUUAGGACCUGCUCCACCAGCCACUAAUGUAAAGGAUUGGAUAGUAUAUCAGAAGAAAAAAUGGAAUUGGCAACUCAUGAUGAAAGCCAAAAUGAUAAUUGGAGGAAAUGAUAGUAAACGUAUGCGAGACAAUAAUUUGCAAAUGUCAAAGGGACGUGCUGGUACAUUAGGUGGUUUCUUAAGACGAGCACAACACACUUUAUUGAGUCAACCCUGGCAAGUAAUACAAGUAUGUCAGUCCAAUGAAUUGGGUGUAUUAAAAAUUUGGGCGAUGGUUGGCGAUGAAUUACACAACAUCAGAAUGAAUGUACCUAGAGUAUUUUAUGUGAAUAAAAGACAUCCUCUGUCGAACGAUACUGAUGAAGAUGUUAGUUGGACUAAAGUGAAUAUGGUAUUGCCAAGAGCUAGACCAAUGAUGAACUUAUAUCGGUACACUGAAAACGAAAAAGAUUUCAUUGAAACAAAAGAUAAUUUUAUUUGUGACCUAUCCAAACCUGAUAUCGAGGGAAUUUACGAAACUAAAAUCAAACCAGAACUAAGAGCUUUGUUAAAUCUGGGUUGUGUUUGUUCUGUUACGUUGGAAGCAGCUAAAAAAUUGGCAGCGUUGCCAGAUGUUGGUAGUUUUUCUUUAGAGCAGAUGAAACAAGCAUCUCAUAAAUACCUAACAAAUAGUUCAAUGAAAGAAAUAUUUUUCUACUCCAACAAAGCACCAACGGGGACACGAGCCAUGUAUGCUUUAUUUUUGACACCUAAUAAAAAAGCUUUUGUAUGGGUCACCGAUACGGUUCGUACUAAUCGGAUGGCUAAUUUGAACACUUUAUACAAUAAGGAACGCAGUACCAAACUUUCUCGAGGUCAUGACGAAUCAAGUCUUCCUCCAUCUGAUAUUACUUUUGAGGUUCGAAUAGAAACUGAAGAAAGGCAAGUAUACAGGCAAAUCCAUAGAGCACUCCAAGCUUACAGAGAUGAAAAACGUGGGCCUACAAUGCUUCUACUUCAGUCACAAAUUGAUAACCAGGUUUUAAUAUCUAACAUUCCAAUAAUGACCGAAUUCCCCAUCGUUACGUUGCAUGUACAAGACACAACUAGCUCAAUAUAUGCUCAAUUGGAAUGGCAACGUUUCGGUUGUAGCUUAAUUGUCAAUCAUUUUUUAAACAGUCCAGAAAACAUGAAAAUUAUGCUGGAACAGUGUAGAUACUUGCAAAUACCACUUGGAAACUUGCCGACUGACGUUACACUAUUUGCUUCGGAUAUUUUCUUUGCUAGGCAUUUGAUGAAACAUAAUUUUGUACUAUGGAUUUCAGAAACUGACAAACCAGAUUUGGGUGGACGUGAAACAGACGACAAUAGAAUGUUAAUGGAUUUAGAAGAGAGUUCUAGCAUGCUCGUGAAUAACGAAGGUUGUUACACUUCUUAUUGUAUUGAGCUCGAAAUUGAUGCUUUGCCAGUUACGACAUUAUUGCAGUCUCAUCAUAUUCAUGAUUUUGAAGGUACAAGUACUGGUGUUGCGUUUGAUCAAAUACCUCAAGCUUCGCUCGAAGAAAUUAUGGAUGGCGGAACAUACAUCAACCCUACUUAUGAUGAAAUGGCGUUAUGUUCAGCUGCAUUCCGGGUAUUACGUUCUAUGGUAAAUGUCUGGUUUCGCGACGUAGUGUUACAUCAUAAUCCAUACGCGGAUUUUCAAAUGGUACAUUUUUACAGAUGGCUUAGAUCGCCAAAUGCACUUUUGUAUGAUCCAGCUUUACGCAAGACGCUGUAUAGUCUUAUGAGAAAACUAUUUAUGCAGCUGAUUGCAGAGUUCAAAAGACUUGGUUCUACUAUCGUGUUUGCUAAUUUCAAUAAAAUUGUCAUAUGUACAAAAAAAAAAUCUCUCGAAGAUGCCAUAUUUUAUGUACGCUACGUUGUACAAAAUAUAACCAACAAAGAAUUAUUCCACAGUUUGCAAAUAUCAAUAGGACCUUGUUGGGAAUAUUUAAUGUGGCUUGAUUUGUGGAAUUAUUCUGGAGUAAAGGCUAAAUUAUCGCAACAACUAAAACAAGCUAUGGGAGAUAUUAUUGAUAUGGCAAAUGAAGACGUUGAGCAUUUAUUGAAGGAACAUGAUGUCUCCAGACAAGAUGUUGAAGAAGUAGGCAUAGAAAUGAAUUGGAACAUUUCUGAAUUCCUACCUAACGUAUGUCAUUCACGAAAACAUUUUGAAGAGACAAUUGCUGUUUACAUGAGUUCCAUUUACAAACACAUGAAAUCAAUUGACUCUGUUACAAUGAAACGUAUUUCAGAAUCUUUAUCACAAGUUACCCAAAGUAAUAUGUUGGGUGUCGCUUCUUGUGAACAAAUUGCAGAGUACGCUCGAAGUGUAAUCUCAGACGACCUGACAACUAAAUUGUUUACGAUCACACAAAAGAUACACAAAAAAUACCCAGUGCUGGGUACUGAACAUCACAAUACCUUGUCUCCGUUUUUACAAAACAGAGGAAAACAUUUAAAUCCAGCCCUUCAAUUUGUCAAAACUGUUUGUAAAGUACUCUCACUGGAUCACGGAAUUGAAGAUGAUGUUAUGAAACUUAGAAGAAAUCUUUUGCGGUUAAUUGGCAUCGGUGAUUUUAGUGAUGAAGCCGAGUGGAGUGAUCCUUGUUUGUCAUGGACAUUGCCAGAAGUAAUUUGUAAAGGUUGUAACCACUGUAGAGACAUUGAUCUUUGUAAAGACUCGCAUCGCAGCGUCGUAGAAGGAAAAAAAACAUGGACGUGUCCGAAUUGCAGCACUCAUUACGAUAAUUCUCUAAUCGAGCAUUAUUUAAUUGACGCUCUCAGUAGAAAAGCAAUGGCUUACACUUUGCAAGAUUUACAAUGUGCAACAUGUGCACAGAUAAAAAUGGAAAAUCUUAAUGCAUACUGUUCGUGUGCUGGUAGUUAUACAACAGUAAUACCAAGAAAAGAUAUUAUGUCAUAUUUAAAGACCUUUAAAGCAAUUGCAGACUACUAUGAUAUGCCGAUGUUGAAUCAAGUGUUAAAACAGUAUCUAGAUUGAGGCAGAUAUGUUACCAGUUGUAAUCACAAACGAGUGUUUUUUUUAACUGUAUUAACUUUUAGUUUUUAUAUAAUUAUGUAUUAAUCAAUUUCUAUUAUUAGCCACUGAUUUUUGAGUACUCGGUUGUAUACAUCCCGGGUAUGGAAAAUAUUUGAGCCAAUGUCGGAUUUGGUGAAACUGAUAUUGGCAUUCCGACUGUAUCUUCAAGAUUUAUUAAAGUGUUGAUUGGUAUUUUGUACGAAGCUGAUGUCUCUGUUUUAUGGGCACUAUAUGAAAUAUAAUAUUGUACUAUACAUUUUUUUAUUUAUUUUAUUAAAAAUUAUACAUAUAUAUAAUUAACAUUAAUUACUUGUAAGGUACAUUCUUCUUUGUAGUUGGUAGUAAACGAAUGGUAU